AUUUUGUGCCAGAGCCAGCAGCCGAGCAGAGAGAGGCGGAGAAGAAAUGACAACUCGAUUCAAGAAGAACCGCAAGAAGCGUGGGCACGUAAGUGCUGGCCAUGGUCGUAUCGGCAAGCACAGGAAGCACCCCGGUGGUCGAGGAAAUGCCGGCGGCAUGCACCACCACCGAAUCCUCUUCGACAAGUAUCAUCCUGGCUACUUCGGCAAGGUCGGUAUGAGGCACUUCCACAAGCUCCGCAACAAGUAUUUCUGCCCCAUUGUCAACAUUGACAAGCUCUGGUCUCUGCUUCCCAAGGACGUCAAGGACAAGGCCUCGAAAGAUAACGUUCCUUUGAUUGAUGUCACUCAGUACGGUUACUUCAAGGUUUUAGGCAAAGGCAUCUUGCCUGAAAAUCAGCCCGUCGUGGUUAAGGCUAAGCUCGUGUCCAAGAUUGCCGAGAAAAAGAUCAAGGAGAAUGGCGGAGCCGUUGUUCUCGCUGCUUAAGGUGGCUUUUCUCUUUUCUGUCUUUACCUUUGGGUAACCCUAGAUGCUUUUAGUAGUUUCUACUUUGGAUAAGUUUGAAUAUUUUAUAAAGCAUGUUUUCUUUUUCUGGGUGUUUUUAGUUGAUAUGGACACUCUGUUAUUCAGAUUUAUAUACGGCGAACUCUGGUGCCAAUUGGUACAAAUGCAAUCUUACUCGGUUGGAUUUUUUUA